CUCUUUCCUCUCCGGAGUGAAACCUCACCAGCUCCGCAAAACCCCCACCCCCACCGCCCCAGAUUCAUCUCAUCACAUUUUCAUAACCAAAACCACUACAAUUAUUAAUCAUUAUAAUAAUGCACACUCAAAUUCCAUUUCACAUCAACAUUUUUAUUUUAUUUAUUUAAUUAAUAAUUAUAUUAUACUGGCAGACAAUAAUGAAUCCCUCAAUUACAGAUUCGUUGUAUUCGGGUUACCCGGAGGUGAUCGAGGGGUGUUUGAAACACGGUAUCAUGAAAUGCAUUGCGUUUAAUCGCCGCGGAACUUUUCUCGCAGCUGGAUGCUCUGAUGGCAGUUGUGUUAUAUGGGACUUCAUGACCAGAGGAAUUGCUAAAGAACUUAGGGAUGAUGACUGUGACGCUGCAAUUAUCAAUGUUUGCUGGUCAAGAAGUGGUCAUCACAUACUCGUUUCCGCUGAUGACAAGUCUUUGACUCUUUGGAAUGUUAUAAAGGGCGAAAAAGUCUUUCAAACAAUACUGCAACAAACCCCUCUACAUGCCAGCCUGCAUCCUGGUGGCCGUGGUCUCUCACCGCCAUCUCUUUGCCUAGUUUCUCCUUUCUCUUCUGCUCCUUUGAUACUUAAUUUCCAUACCAAAACCACAACUUUACUUCCAACAUUACUUUCUGAUAGUGGCACAGGACUUGCCAUGCCAUCAUGCAACAAUUUUUCAGAUGGAUCCACUCAUUACACACCUACUGCAGCAUGCUUUAAUAAGUAUGGAGAUCUAGUAUAUUUGGGAAAUUCCAUAGGGGAAAUACUCAUAAUCGAUCACAAAACAAAUAAAGUUUGUGGCAUUUUUCCUAUCCCGGGUGGUGCAGUGAUAAAGAAUAUAACAUUCAGCAGGAAUGGCCAGUACCUUCUUACAAAUUCUGGUGAUCGCACAAGUAGGAUAUACAAAAACCUUUUGCCCUUAAAAGAUUCACAUAAAAUCUUUGGAGUAAAUGAAACCAAUGACACUGUUAGUGAAAUUGAAAAGCUAAAGGCUGUUGGAUUGAAGUGUUUAUCGCUUUUUCAGGAAUUUCAAGAUUCUAUCACAAAAAUGCAUUGGAAAGCAGUGUGUUUUAGUGGCAAUAGUGAGUUCGUUGUUGGUGCCUGUGCUAGUAAAGGGGAACAUAAAUUGUACAUAUGGGAUAAGUCUGGGCUUCUUGUGCAAAUUCUUGAAGGUCCAAAGGCAGCUAUAGUGGAUUUGGCUUGGCACCCUGUCCGUCCUAUUGUUGUUUCUGUGUCAGUAAUGGGCUUAGCUUACGUUUGGGCCAAAGACUACACGGAGAGUUGGAGUGCUUUUGCUCCAGAUUUUAAGCAACUUGAAGAAAAUGAAGAGUAUGUGGAACAAGAGGACGAGUUUGAUUUGAUGCCUGAAAAUAAAAAGGUGAAAGAAUCAGCCCUAUAUGAAGAUGAAGUUGAUAUUACAACAGUGGAGAAGGACUCCCUAUUUAGUGAUUCAGAUAUAUCCGAUGAUGAAUUAUACUUCUUGCAAUCAGAGCCUUGCCUUGAUUUUCCUGUCCUCCCAGUUUCACAAGAAGGGACAAGAGUGAAUGGUCAGGAGAUGACGAACCAUGAUUCAAAUCAAGUUGAAGCUCUAGAGAAUUCCGGGGCUGAAGACACAGGGAGAACACGAGUGAAAAGAUGGAAGCCAUCACAGAAGUUGUUGGAACUGCAGGCUUUCGAGAUUACACAGAAUACAAAAGCAUCAGAGAAUGCCCGGGGUGAAGACACAGGUAGAACACAUGUGAAAAGAAGUCGAAAAUCAAAGAAGUUGUUGGAACUACAGGAGGCUACACAGAAUACAAAAGCAUCAGAGUGUGCUGUUCAGAGUUUUCCAACUCUAGAUGGUGAUGAGUCCAUGAGAGAAUUAAAUGAAGUUAAACCCCCAAACAAAGGAAAGUUAUAUUCUGACGUUUGGAAUUCGUUCAAAAAAGUGAAGAAAUCAAAUGGGCAAAUUGUCGCGGUUUGUAAGCAUUGUAGUAUAGUUCUUAGUGGAGACGGCGGAACUAGUCAUUUGCGGUACCAUAUAAAGAAAAAACAUGCAGAGCAUGUUGUUUCUGUAGAUUGCAGCAAUGUGGAGGGUGUUUCAACUCCAGAUGUUGUUGAGUGCAUGACAGGAUUUGAGGAAGUUAAUCCUUCAGUUCAAGGAAAGUUCAAAUCUAUAAUUUGGAAUCAUUUCAAAAAAAUUAGGAAAUCGAACAACAGAAUUGUUGCCGUGUGUAACCAUUGUAGUAAGAAAGUUGUUGCUGGAGAUGUUAGAAAUAGAAAUAUGAAGAACCAUCUUCGGAAAAAACAUGCAGGACUCGUUUCUGCAAAUGGUAGCAAUAUGGAGAUUGUUCCAAUUCCAAAUGAUGGCGAGCCCAUUACAGGAGUUGAGGAAGCUAAUCCUUCGACUCAAGGAAUGUUAACAUCUAUGGUCUGGAAUCAUUUCGAAAGAGUCAAGAAAUCUGACAGCAAAAUUGUUGCGGUCUGUAACCAUUGUAGUUUAAACCUUGUUGCUGGAGAUGCUGGAACUAGUAGUUUGAGGAACCAUCUCAAGAGAAAACACGCUGAACUUAUUGUUUCUGCAGAUUGUAGCAAUAGUGAGAAUGUUGUAACACCAUAUGGUGAUGAGCCCAUUGCAGGAAAUAAGAAAGUUAAGCGUUCGAAGCAAGGAAUGUUAAAAUCUAUGGUCUGGAAUCAUUUCAAAAGAGUCACUAAAUCAAACAACAGAUCGGUUGCUGUUUGUAAUCAUUGUAGUAUAAACUUUAGUGGAGAUAAGGGAACUACGCAUCUGAGGUACCACCUAGAGAAAAAACAUGCAGAACUCAUUGUUUCUGCUGACUGUAGCAAUAUGGAGAUUCUUCCAACUUCAAAUGGUGAUGUGGCACAUGGUGAAGUCAUUAUUUCUACAGACGGUAAUCAUAUGGAGUGUAAUUCAACUGAAAGUGAUGAGUCCACAGAAUAUGAGGAAGUUAAUAUCCCGAAUCGAAGAAAGAUAACAUCCGUGGUUUGGAAGUAUUUUAAAAAAGUAAAGAAGCGAAAUGGCGAUAAAGUAUUUGCCGUUUGUAACUUUUGCAAUGCACACUUUGCUUCUGGAGGUGCAGGAACUAAUCAUCUGAGGAACCAUCUCAAAAGAAAACAUAUAGAGCUGUCUGUUUCUUGAGGAGUCGAUCUAUGUGGUACAUUUGUAGAAAAUAAAUGCUAUCAUGCAUCCAAUUUUGGAGAAAAUAGGUAAGGGUGUGCUGGCUUGUAGCAGCAAUAGCAUCAGGCAAAUCUUUUAAGUUGGAAACUAGUUACUCAGCUUUUUGCUGAUGAGAUUAAUGAUUAGAUUAGAUAAAAUGUUUCAGAGUUGGAUAUUGGUAAGAGUGUCUUAGUUGUCAAACGCUCUGAAUGCUCACCGUCUCAGCAGUGACCUCCGAAUUUCCUUCAUUCAGCAGCAAACAAAUCGCUCUAGUGACUUGUUAGUUGGCAUGGUAGGUUUAAUUGCAUCAAAGUAAAUAUUGUUUGGUUAUUACUAUUGUGAUACAAUAGUAUGAACGACGUAUUAGUUUUACAUGGAAGUUUUUCCUGAAUUCGAAAAAUGAAGAGUUCCAACUGGCCGUCUGAAAAUAUCAACAGCCCGACUCAAUGUCAUGAAUCGUCAAGUGACCACACCAUUGACGAGUCGUGCUCAUGCCAGACAACACAUCAUAGUAUAUAGUUUAAGGGACCAAGUCAAGCAACCCAUGGAAAAUGGGUACCGUAUAAAGAAUACGUUUCUUUAAAAUCUUAAUUUAUAAUUAGAUGUUAAUCCUGAUUUUGUUACUUUCAUAUUAUACUUUAUUGUAACAGCUAUUAAACUAUGUUGUCCAACCAUUGGUCAAAUAUGUCUAAGUGAUACAAAGCUGUCGUUAUAUACAAUUAAACCGGCAAAUAAACCUUAUAAAA